AUGUCUUUGAAAUAUAACCUAAUCGGUGUGGUGAGUGAAAAUAUGGGAAUUGCUAAAAAUGGUAAAUUACCCUUUUCCCUACCAAAAGAAUAUGAGUUUUACAUGAGAAUAACUAGAGAAACUGUCGACAAAUCCAAGAAAAACGUGGUAAUCAUGGGGCGAAAAUCUUGGGACUGUCUAGAAGAUCAUGAGAAACCAAUGCCUGGUCGUAUCAAUUUCAUUCUUACUUCCCAGAAAGACUUCAAGCUUCCAGAAUGUUCGGAUACAUACAUUUUCAACAGCUGGCAAGAAAUCGAGUCAAAAUUGGUGGAUGCGCAGUUCCAAAAGACGUACGAAACCAUCUGGGUAGUUGGCGGAAACCGGAUAUACGAUGAAGCGCAGAAAUCCAAGCAUUUCUACCGCGCUUAUAUCUCGAAAGUGAGGAAAUUUUCAGAUUGUGAUGCUUUUUUUCCAGAGUUAGUCAAGAAUGUAAAGAGAGUGAAAGAUGAAAAUGUUCCACAAGGCUUGCAAAUGGAAAAUGAUCUAACCUGGGAAGUGGAGGUUUGGGAAAACACCAAUUCGAUAUCUUCAAAUUAA